UUUGUAUGUGCCUUCACAAAGGCCUGUAAUACGCCUGCAGUCCUGCGCUCAUACGACACCGAGGACGCGGUUGACUCAUUGUCGACGUCGAAUUGUAAGAUUUGGGAAGCUGCACGGGCGACAUCGGCUGCAGCGACGUUCUUCAAUCCCAUCACCGUUGGUUUCCAGGAAUAUGUAGAUGGUGGGACUGGACAUAACAAUCCCGUCGAGAUCGUGCUGGAAGAAGCCAAGUCGAUCUGGAAAGAUGCUGCCACAAGGAUCCAGUGUCUAGUCAGUAUUGGCACCGGCGUGCCGGAUCCUAAAGAUUUUGGUGACAAUUUGAAAGAGGUAGUUGAAACGCUGAAGGCCAUCUCCACCCAGACUGAGGCGACUGAGAUGCGCUUCUGCAAAAAUGCAAAGAGCUUGGGUGUUGGUGGGCGGUACUUCCGGUUCAAUGUCACUAGAGGUCUUGGGGAUAUUGGUGUCGAUGAGCAUGACCAGAAGAGCUUGAGCGGUAUUGCAGUGGCAUCCGAGCGUUAUCUGAAAGAGCCAAUGGUCGGAGAACGAGUUCAGAAGUUCUUAUGCGCUAGAUCGGAGCAACACGGUACGUGA